AGUGUGCCCCAUGGAGGCCAUUCCCAGCCAUCAGCGAACGUAUUUGAUCGGCAAUCGUUUCACAAGCAAAGUGUUCCCGGGGCUCGUACCCCACAUACAGUACCAUAUCUGUCGCUCCAACACAAACAUGCUCUUGAAAAUAGAGAACGAACUACUCCAAAGUCACCGCCAAAGAGAGACGACGGGUAUCAAAAAGUUGUACAACUCGUUCUUCGUACUCUUUUAACCUAUUCGCUGCGUUACGGUCAAACAAAUUCAUUCAUCUAUCAUUCAUCGUUCAUUCAGUGACUUUUAGUGUAGUGCGGGCGC